AUUAGUCUUUAGAUCUCUCUUGAAGAGAGCUGUUAUAUUUGUGCCUGCUAGAGUUGGAAAUAACAGUUCAGAAGCUGAAAAGGGUUGAAUGGAUUUACAGAAGGGUUUUUUUGCGAGUAAAUUCAUGGCAACACAUUAAUUCGAUUAGUACAUGCUUUAGAAUUACUUUACACUCAAGCGAUUCAAAAGAUGUUAAAGUUAUCACCAGGCUGCUGGACAAAUAUGUGUUACACCACCAAGGUACAGAUCAAGACAAAUCUGUGACUCAGGAUUUUAUCUUGGGAAGAGCGCAAGGUGUACGAAGAACUCAGAAUAACGAGGGAAGAUAACUCUGGGAACUACAAUGUGUCAGAAGAACAGCUCUUGCUAAUACAGCUCCUCACCAAAGACCUGGUUAUCUAAGGUUUAUAUAGGAAUGCCUAGGUCAGCUGACAAAAUACUGGUCUUCUGCUCCAUAAAUGCAGAAAAACUGAUAACAACAGUGGAAAACUGGAAGUCUGAAUUUCAGCUUUCUUAGAAAUAACUGCAACCUGACACAUUCCAUAAUAUUUAAACAGGGUGGGGGGAGAGAAAUCACGAAAGAUGUUACGUUUAGAGAUGACAUUGACAUGAAGAAUAGGUAAAUUUCAUUUUUCAGCCACUGGGAAAGCAGACCUCAUAGGAACUCAGAACAAGUAGGAGAAAAGAUUUUUAAAUUUUUUUUUCCUUCUUCUUUUUCUUUUCAAAGAUGAACCUAACUGUGCUCAAAGCUUUCAUGGGCUUGCUCUGGAAUUGCUGGGUUCUGGUGGGUCACGCACAGGGAGGUUUAGGAGACAAUCAUGUCCAUUCGAGUUUUAUUUACAGGAGGCUGCGGAACCAUGAGAGAAGGGAGAUUCAAAGAGAGAUUCUCUCUAUCCUGGGUUUACCUCACAGACCCAGACCAUUUUCACCAGGAAAGCAGGCUUCUUCUGCACCCCUCUUCAUGCUGGACCUGUACAAUGCCAUGACAAAUGAAGAGGAUACUGAGGAGCUGGAGUAUUCACUAAAGGGAUCAAUGGCAGGAGAGAGCAGAGGGAUGCGGAAAGGAUACCCUGCCUCUCCAAAUGGAUAUUCGCGGAGAAUACAAUUAUCUCGCAUGAGCCCCCUGACCACACAGAAUCCUCCCUUAGCCAGCCUGCAUGACACCAACUUUCUGAAUGAUGCUGAUAUGGUCAUGAGCUUUGUCAAUUUAGUUGAAAGGGACAAAGACUUCUCCCACCAGCGAAGGCACUACAAAGAGUUUCGCUUUGACCUUACUCAGAUCCCGCAUGGGGAGGCAGUGACAGCAGCCGAAUUCCGGAUAUACAAAGAUCGAAGUAACAGCCGCUUUGAGAAUGAAACCAUUCAGAUUAGCAUAUAUCAGAUCAUCAAGGAGUACCCAAACAGGGAUGCAGACUUGUUCCUGUUAGACACAAGAAAGGCUCAAGCUUCUGAUGUGGGCUGGUUUGUGUUUGACAUUACCGUGACCAGCAAUCACUGGGUGAUUAAUCCACAGAACAAUCUGGGCUUGCAACUCUGUGCUGAAACUGGGGACGGUCGAAGUAUCAAUGUUAAAUCCGCUGGCCUGAUAGGAAGACAUGGGCCUCAGUCAAAACAACCAUUCAUGGUUGCAUUCUUCAAGGCAAGUGAAGUGCUUUUCCGUUCUGUCCGAGCAGCCAACAAUAAAAGGAAAAAUCAGAAUCGCAACAAAUCCAGUAGUCAUCAGGAGUCUUCUAGGAUGCCAAGUGUUGGGGAUUAUAACACAAGCGAGCAAAAGCAAGCAUGUAAGAAACAUGAACUUUAUGUGAGUUUUCGAGACUUAGGAUGGCAGGAUUGGAUUAUUGCACCGGAGGGCUAUGCUGCAUUUUACUGCGAUGGAGAGUGUUCGUUCCCCCUCAAUGCCCACAUGAAUGCAACAAAUCACGCUAUUGUUCAGACUCUGGUUCACUUGAUGUUCCCUGAUCAUGUACCAAAGCCAUGCUGUGCACCAACAAAACUGAAUGCAAUCUCCGUGCUCUACUUUGAUGACAGUUCCAACGUUAUUUUAAAAAAAUACAGGAAUAUGGUGGUGCGUUCAUGUGGCUGUCACUAGAAUUAAAAAAAAAAAAAAAUCUAAAGCAGAGGGUUUUAUUCAGAAUUGUAAUAAAGUCAAGAUAGGAGCCUUGCUGAUGAAAAGGCAGUCCUAAAUUUAUUCCAUUUCAUGUCAUCUCUCAUUUAAAUGUACAGUAUAAUGUGUAUAGUAGCUUUUAUUUAUUUAAAAAUAUAGUCUGUAUGAGCAAAAUUUCAGAAUCAUUUAUUUGAUGGGUCACCUCACUACACAGUAGAACUUCCCAAACUAAUUUUUCAAUUGACCAUACUGGAAUCUAUUUCAUUCCAUUUCAGUAUUUUAAAGUAAAGCCUUUGUAUAGAUUUUUUUAAAGCUAGAAACUCAGAACUCCUGUAACUGCUUCGUAUUGUUAAAGGAACUAAAAUACAUUUGGUCAUAUUGUGCCAAUGAAAACUGUGGCGGGGUAUUUAUUUAGAAAAAGGCACAGAAAAAAAACUAAACAAAACUGCUUGGCUAAACGUAUUUUUUCUUUUAGAAGUUCUGCUCCAUUAGAAAAAGUGAAAUGUUGAACAGUGCUUAAGUAAAUAAAUAGUAGAUAGAAAAUAGAAGUGAAAAGAUUGCACAUAAUUGUUCUAUUUUCUUUAACAAGAUGACUGUAACUGGAGUAGUAUGUUACUUCUUGGCUUGUGGGCUGCAGAGUUUGCAAAAGGAUCAAGAGCUUUGUGAAUUCUGUGGAGACACUUUCAUCUCUAUCUUUGACUUUUCAAGUUAAUACUAAAAAUUGAACUACAACAUUCUUACCUCAAAUCAUACCAGUCUAUUAUCCAUUACAUCGCUCCGGCAA